AUGAACCGCCCGACUACUACAAGCCGCGCUGCCACAUCGCGCCCCACUACACGUAACACCCAUGCGUCCCGACCCAGAUCCAGACCCAGACGCCGUGCGAUCUUCGCCAGGCGACAGAAGAGACGUUCACACUCCAGAACCCUAGACGAUGAUUUUGAUGAAAUCAUCAAGGCACUCAAGGCGAAAGCAUCCAAUGAUCUCCCUAAGAUUAUACAUGAACUCGAAUUAGCUAUAUAUGCUAUGUCUCCUAAUUCAUUCGAUAAAGCUCGUAGGGUUCACCACAAAUACUGCAAAAAUCCUAUUUCUAGAGAAACCAUCGAAGCUAUAGUGUUAGCAAAGGAAGUACUAGGACCAGUUGAGCCAAUGGUAAAGGAUCUGACGAAGGAAAGCGAUUUAUACAGGGCAGACAAAGCUAAUCUUACACGCAAGAUAGAGGAAUGGGAGAAGCGAUAUGAAUAUGCUUGCCAAUGGAGGAAGGAAGAGCAAAAGACAAAGAUUAUACAGGAGGCUCAGUAUGAAUAUAAUUUCCGUCUCCCAGAGAUAAUCAGACCUCAACCCCAAGACAGGAUACCACCUGCUCUCGGAGACAACUAUCCUAUGAAUGUUGCCCAGAAAUGA